AAAGGGAAAGAAUUACGACUCCUCAAAAGUCAAUCCCAGCAAGCAGUCUUGCAAAAGAAUAAACAAUUGUCUACAGGAAAUAUUCUUGCUUCCUCCUCAAAAUCUGUGUCUUCCGUAUUACAUGUGGAAAUAGAGGAUGUCGAUUCUGCUUUUAGUGAAGAAGCAAUGGAACAACUUUGCGAAUCGCCUACUAUCAAUCAUCUAAAUAGACAAUACUUGAAGG